CACUUCUCAUUUCCCGUAAGAGAGAAGUUUGAUUGUUCCUCUUCCUCCGGUUGCAGAGACUCCAUUUUGAAAUAGUCAGCUCCAAUUCUAAUUUCUAACUACUUCGAUUGUUUGUAGCUGGUUUCCUUCAUCGCAAUUUGGGUCAAUUUCAACUUCGAGAUUUCCAGAUGACUUCAAUGAACAGUGAGAAGGAUCAAACUACUCAACCAACCCAAAUUGUUGAGGAAAGUCAAAAAACUGCUCUCGAAAAAGAUGAGAAUGAAGAAGAUGAUGAUAGGAAAAGGUCAUUUGUGUGGGAUCACUUUAAGUACGCAAAAAACAUCACAAGUGCUAGAUGCCCAUAUUGCAAACAAAUGAUCAAGUGUGAUUCCAAGAAAAAUGGCACCAGUGGAUUAGGUAAACACUUGAAGAUGUAUUGCCGGAAGUCUCCAUGUUACAAGCAACCGGAUAUGAAACAAAAGACCUUAAGUUUCACUCCGCCUCAACCAUCCUCUAGAAAAAGUGAUGUAAAAGGUAAUAUGUACAACCAAGAGGGUUGUAGAAUGGCAUUAGCUAGGAUGUGCAUUAAAGAUAAUAGACCUUUUAGCAUUGUGGAGGAUGAAGGCUUUGUGGAAGUGGGAAGCACUCUAGACUCUUUAUACAAAGAGUAUCUUCGACUUGCAUCAAGUGGAGAUGUAAUGGGUGGUUCAACUUCUUCGAGUGUUGCUCCAAUUUCCUUAGAUAUUGAUGAUGAUGAUUUCCUUGAAAAGGAAUUUGAAAGGGAUUUGUUAGUAGCACAAGGUAAGGAAAACAAGUCUGAAAUUGAUAUUUACUUGUCUGAUGAUAUUCUACAAGUUGUUGAUGAAUUUGCAAACACUCCAAAGCAUCUGGAAGAAUACAUUCUGGAUGAUUGAAAUGGGUUGGAAGUUGCUAGUUUGCUGGGUUUUGUGUCAACUGUCAACACACUUAUAUUAAUUUGCUGGAAGUUGCUCCAAGUUGCUGGAAGUUGCUUGUUGCUCCAAGCAACUGGCAGUAUUUUUUAAAUGAUUUUGUGCCUUUUUAGGGACCCUGGAGUGCCUGGACUCUUGAUUUGCUUAUCAACCUUUUGUGCAAUUUUUUUUUGCUAAACACUAACUUACUGCUAGUUAAUUGAGCAAGCAGAAUUGGGUGCAGUGCAGAAGGUUUUUCUUCAAUUGAAAGUUGCUUGUUGCUCAAACUUUCAAUUGAUAGAAAAGCAACUGUUUUUCCUUAGCUUUAUUAUUUGGAAGUUGCUUGUUGCUCCAAGCUUAAGCUUAUUACAAUCAUUACAUUUGGCAACUUUGAGAGUUUAAGUCAUCUUUUUAAGUGGACAUACUGGCAGUUUUUUGUAUGGUGGAAUAGCACUCAAUGCUUUAUUUUUUUUUGUUGGAAUUUGUUUUAAUAUUUAGAGUGAGUGACUUUUUCUCUUAAUUAGAGUUCUGUUUUGUGUUUAAUAUAAAAUAAAUCCCGAACAAUUACCGAAACCGAUAUAAUUUAUCCCGAACCAUACCAAACCGAAUUUUCGGGUUCGGUAUCGGGACAAUGUAAAAUCCCAUACCGAACCGAUAAAUGUGGUACGGUAUCGGUACAAGCUUAAUCCCGUCCCAUACCGUACCAUGCUCACCCCUAGAAAAUAUUAUAGAUAUUUUCUAUACGCAAAAUGAUAUUAAUGGAACAUAAAAUAAAUUUCUCUCACUAAAAUGAAGUGGCCGAAAAUUCCUUGAGCCAAACUGAUGAAUGUGGUCUCUUUUAUUCAAGUGAGAAAGUGGGUAUAAUAAUGGACUUUAAUUAUGCAUAAAAUGACAAAUUAACAAAUCAAUUACAAAUCAUUAAUUUAUCAAUCAAGUAAGUUAAUACCAAUUUGUCCACCUUGAAAUCCAUAUGGCCGAAUGAUGAUAUGAGAAGGAUAUUUGAAAUUCUUCUCCACUCAAAUGUUCAAAGUGUAUUUUAUUUGACACCAAAAAUUAAUAUAAAAUUAAUUUUAAAUCAAAUAAAAAUACCAAUAUCAUUUUUAAACAAGUAUACAAAUAUACUUUAAAUAGUUUAUGUCAAAAUAAUUAUUUUCAUAAUUA